AUGAAACAAGGCUGUAGCGUCUUUGUUGGAAACAUAGACUUCGAUGUAGACGAGCAGAAAGUAAUAGAGGAGCUCAGUGCGGUGGGAAAAGUUGUGUCCUUCAGAAUGAUGUAUGAUAAAAACACUGGUAAGUCGAAGGGGAUAUGGAUUCUGCGAAUACGAGUCUCCGCUGAUUGCAGAAACAGCAAUGAAAACUCUGAAGAUAAGCUUUAA